AUGGGGAAACGAAAAUGCACCGGUGGAUCGUCUUCUUCGUCCAAACGACGACCCUCUCGACCAGCGACCACAUCUCCGGCGAAUUCAGUGCCGCCUCGCCGUUCUGGUCACCGAUCUGCAUUCGGGGAGCCGUCGGAUGCCGUGCCUCUCGCAUUUUGGGAGCCCCCACUCCUCCUCACGGCCGCCUCCGCUGACAAUUUUGGCAAUCUGCCAAUCAUUUUGGUUCAUAGGGUUUCUCCACCGCCGUCGCCGCCAGUGACGCCGCCGUCACCAUUCACCUAUUCUCCACCUUCUCCUUCGCUGCCACACCCGCCGGCUGCUCCAUCGUCUCCACCACUGGUUGAACCGCCAUCGCCGCCGCAGUCACCAACCGCACCGGCCUCACCCCCACCACCGCCAUCCUCGUCGGUCAACAAAGGCAAGGGCCCUGCCCCCAUACCACCGCCACCCCGUCGCUCCCGUCGACACGCUACUUACUCUGCCUCGCCUUCUGUUAAUCCCACCACCGCUGGUAACUCUGCACCGGAUACCGUGGUGCCUAUCUCUGCUGUCGAUGCUUUUAAUUCUCGGUUCUUUCUCCGAGCGCAUCAAACCCGGUGGCGUCUGUUGCUGACCCUGACCUGA